AUGAAAGAGAAGUCCAAAAAUGCUGCCCGGACUAGACGGGAGAAAGAAAACAGUGAAUUUUAUGAACUGGCUAAAUUACUACCCCUGCCCUCCGCUAUCACCUCUCAGCUGGACAAAGCAUCCAUAAUCAGACUCACUACCAGCUAUUUAAAAAUGAGAGUGGUUUUUCCAGAAGGACUUGGAGAAGCCUGGGGCCACUCCAGUCGAACCAGCCCACUGGAUAAUGUUGGACGGGAACUGGGAUCCCAUCUUUUGCAGACGUUGGAUGGUUUCAUAUUUGUUGUGGCUCCGGAUGGCAAGAUCAUGUACAUCUCGGAGACUGCCUCGGUGCACCUGGGCUUGUCGCAGGUAGAGCUGACCGGCAACAGCAUUUACGAGUACAUCCACCCCGCCGACCAUGACGAGAUGACGGCGGUGCUGACGGCGCACCAGCCUUACCACUCGCACUUCGUGCAGGAGUACGAGAUCGAGAGAUCCUUUUUCCUGAGGAUGAAGUGCGUCCUGGCCAAGAGGAAUGCGGGCCUCACCUGCGGUGGCUACAAGGUGAUUCACUGCAGCGGGUACCUGAAGAUCCGCCAGUACAGCCUGGACAUGUCUCCCUUCGACGGCUGCUACCAAAACGUUGGCUUGGUCGCCGUGGGCCACUCGCUGCCGCCCAGCGCCGUGACGGAGAUCAAGCUCCACAGCAAUAUGUUCAUGUUUCGGGCCAGCCUAGACAUGAAGCUCAUAUUCUUAGAUUCCAGGGUAGCUGAGCUAACAGGUUACGAGCCCCAGGACCUGAUAGAGAAGACCCUUUACCAUCAUGUCCAUGGUUGUGACACCUUUCACCUGCGUUGCGCACAUCACUUGUUGCUGGUGAAAGGGCAAGUGACCACCAAGUACUACCGCUUCUUGGCCAAGCACGGCGGCUGGGUGUGGGUGCAGAGCUACGCCACCAUCGUGCACAACAGCCGCUCCUCCCGCCCGCACUGCAUCGUCAGCGUCAACUACGUGCUCACGGACACUGAAUAUAAAGGACUACAGCUCUCCCUGGAUCAGGUCACUGCUACCAAGCCGGCGUUCUCAUACGCAAAUUCAGCUCCGACCAUUACGGAUAAUAGAAAGGGAAGCAAAUCUCGCCUCUCGAGCACAAAGUCAAAAUCAAGGACAUCACCAUACCCACAGUAUUCCGGAUUUCACACGGAGAGAUCCGAGUCUGACCACGAGAGCCAGUGGGGUGGGAGCCCCCUGAGCGACACGGCUUCUCCGCAGCUCCUGGAGCCUGCGGCCAGAGCGAGCUCCCAGCACCACGACGUCUCCUGUGCCUACAGGCAAUACUCAGACCGCAGCGCGCUCUGCUACGGUUUUGCGCUGGACCACUCCAGGCUGGCUGAUGACAGGCAUUUCCACACCCAGGCCUGUGAGGGAGGCAGAUGCGAAGCUGGCCGGUAUUUCCUUGGCACGCCGCAGCCGGGAAGGGAGAGCUGGUGGGGCUCUCGCUCAGCCUUGCCUCUGACUAAGUCGUCCCCUGAGAGCAGAGAAGCGUAUGAGAACAGUAUGCCCCACAUAACGUCAGUGCACAGGAUUCAUGGAAGAGGACACUGGGAUGAGGACAGUGUUGUUAGCUCACCCGAUCCCGGCUCUGCCAGCGAGUCAGGCGACCGAUACCGUACCGAGCAGUAUCAGAACAGUCCGCAUGAGCCCAGCAAAAUUGAAACUCUCAUUAGAGCCACCCAGCAAAUGAUUAAAGAAGAAGAAAACAGGCUACAGCUGCGGAAAACCACUCCUGACCCACUGGUCUCCAUUAAUGGCACAGGGAAGAAGCACGCUAUCUGUUUUGCAAGCUACCCUCAGCAGCAGCUGGCGGCGGACGUCUGCCGCGUGCCAACAGUUGCCAACACUCCUCCCUGUGAACACAUCCAGCAGCGGGAUGGAAAGAUCAUGAGCCCACAUGAAAAUGACUACGACAACAGCCCCACAACACUGUCUAGGAUAAGCAGCCCCAGUUCUGAUCGAAUAUCAAAAUCUAGUUUGGUACUUGCUAAAGACUACCUGCAUUCAGACAUGUCCCCUCACCAAACCCAAGGAGACCACCCAGCAGCCUCUCCAAAUUAUUACAGCUCCCACAGGCAGUACUUUGAUAAGCAUGCUUACACACUAACUGGAUAUGCCCUGGAGCAUCUGUAUGACACUGAAACAAUUAGAAACUAUUCACUAGGCUGUAAUGGAUCCCAUUUUGAUGUGACUUCUCACUUAAGGAUGCAGCAAGAUCCAGCACAAGGACACAAGGGAACAUCUGUUAUAAUAACCAAUGGAAGCUGA